AUGGGACAACUGCCAUCUCCACGCGUGACACCAUGUCGGAAACCUUUUUUAUGUAGUGGAGUAGACUACGCCGGUCCCAUUAAUAUCAGGGUCUCUAAGGGCAGAGGUAACAAGUCUUACAAAGGUUACAUUGCACUCUUCAUAUGCAUGUCUACACGCGCUGUGCACUUGGAAGCAGUUAGUGAUUUGACAUCUAAAGGGUUUCUGGCUGCAUUUAAGAGAUUUGUUGCCAGACGUGGCCGUUGUUCUCAUUUGUAUAGCGACAACGGCACUAACUUUGUGGGCGCUGCGCGGGAGCUAAGCGACUUAUUCAAGGAGGAAAAAUCCAAAUUUAUACCAGAAUUGGCCCAAUCACUUGCAACCAACGGAACAGAGUGGCAUUUUAUCCCGCCUCGUGCUCCUAACUUUGGGGGGCUCUGGGAGGGGGGGAUAAAAUCUGUAAAAUACCAUUUAAGAAGAGUUGUUGGAAACUCGACGUUGACCUUUGAAGAGAUGAUAACAGUGCUGGCACAAAUUGAAGCGUGUCUUAAUUCGAGACCGUUAUCAUACGUGGCUGACCAAACCGAAGAAACAGUGUUAACACCAGCCCAUUUCCUAGUCGGUGAACCACUUGUUGUAGUACCCGAUUCAAAUUAUGAGGAUUCUGGUAUAACUACUCUUAGACGAUGGCAACUAUCACAGAGAAUGUUGCAAAUUUUUUGGCGUCUUUGGUCUCAGGAUUAUUUAAAUCAGUUUUUACAGCGACAUAAAUGGGCCCACCAAAUACCGGAACCAAACAUUGGUGAUAUAGUACUGGUAAAAGAAGACGAUUUGCCUCCAGGUAGGUGGUUAUUGGGAAAGGUAGAACAGAAGCACCCGGGUCCUGAUAAACUUACACGAGUAGUAACUUUGAGUACUAAAGAUUCAGUAAUCAAAAGGCCUACCUCUAAAUUAUGCGUGCUACCUAUAACUAAAUAA